AUGAAGCCGAGGAAAAAUUCCACGGCCUGCCUGCCGUGUAAACAAGCGAAACGGAAGUGCACCGGACGCCCCGCACCUUGUAAAGCCUGUCAGAACACAGACGCUGAAUGUGUUUUCGAUGAGACGCUCGAUCUCAGGCGCAAGGUCGCUGCUAGGCGUACGCUCGGGGAGUUGGAAUGCUAUCGAGGCUUGUUAUAUUCCUUGUUAGAGUCACUUCGCUCCUCAGAUGAAGACAAGGUCAACCAUAUCUUGGAGACUAUACGCGGCAGCGCUCUACUAUCCAAUGUUGCCAAUGUUGUGGAUGCACCAGCCGACUUGAGUGAUGCAAGUUCCGAUAACUCCAAACCACUAGGAAACACAGAUGACGCCAUAGCUCAACAGGAACGUUUGGCCGCUGAUGCCCACUCUCGCAUAACCCUAGAGAAACUUUGCGACAUCCCCGUAUUUCAAGUGCCAGUGAAGCCUUGGACGGCCGUCACCGAUGACGAUCAUCUGGUUUCGCAUUUGAUCUCCUUGUACUUCACAUGGGAUCAUCCAUUGUCGCAAAUCGUUGAUCAGAGAGUGUUUUUGAGACAUAUGAGGGAGGGCAAUAAGAAUACGGAAUUCUGCACCCCUUUCCUUGUAAAUAGCAUAUUAGCAAUUGCAAGUACAUAUUCAGAUUUCCCUGAAGUUUUCGCUAUCCCCGGAGAUGUCUCCUCUAAAGGUGCACAUUUCUUUAAUGAAGCAGAACUAUUAUGGAAAGCGGAAGAAGGUCGUCCAUCUUUGGCCAACAUUCAGGCUCUUGCUCUGAUGAGCCAUGUGCUGAAAUUGAAAGGAAAGCCCGACGUUGGCUGGCUGCUGCUAAGGCAAGCAGUGCAGCUUGGACAAGAUUUCGGUUUCUUUCAGGCCCCGCGGACAGGGCACCGCAAGUGGAGAGACACGUCGGUUGAUAUGCAAUCCGCUGGAGCAACAGCUGCUUGGGGGCUUUUUAUUCUGAACUCGUACAGUCAUUAG